AUGUCAGCCACUAGUACCGUUCCUUCAUAUAUAGCAUCCACAUCAGCCUCCACUCCUGCAAUGUCAGCCACUAGUACCGUUCCUUCAGAUAUAGCAUCCACAUCAGCCACUCCUUCAAUGUCAGCCACUAGUACCGUUCCUUCAGAUAUAGCAGCAUCCACAUCAGCCUCCACUCCUGCAAUGUCAGCCACUAGUACCGUUCCUUCAGAUAUACCACUGACAUCAGCCUCCACAAUGACAGCCACUAGAACCGUUCCUUCACAUAUAGCCUCGACAUCAGCUUCCACUCCUGCAAUGUCAGCCACUAGUACCGUUCCUUCAGAUAUAGCAUCGACAUCAUCAGCAAUGACAGCCACUAGUACCGUUCCUUCAGAUAUAGCAUCACAUCAGCCACUCCUGCAUUGUCAAAUACUAGUACCGUCCUUCAGAUAUAGCAUCCACAUCAGCCUCCACUCCUGCAAUGUCAGUACCGUUCCACUAGUACUGUUCAAUUCUUCAGAUAUAGCAUCCACAUCAGCCUCCACUCCCUGCAAUGUCAGCCACUAG